CGGAGAGUUCAGUAUUUGUUUGUCGUUAGAAAUCGUCGGACACAGCCGCAGUGUUUUCUCCGAGCGGGAAUUUAAAUUCAAUCUAGAAAUCCACAAAGUCGCAUCUGCACCAAAAUGUCGCCGAACAGCAACUCUGAGAAACCAGUCAAUCCCAACGAGCACCUGCACAUUCCAAAAUGGGUGAACGAGGACUAUUUCCUGCCGAUUCUCCAGAAGGAUGUGGAAGCCUUCGACAAGAUUGUGAACUUCACGCCCAUUGCGGCCACCGCACCAGGGGAGAACUAUACCUCCAUUAUGAUCCGGGUCAUUGUGGAUAUAUUGCUAAAGGAUGGCAGUGAGCAGAAAAUCUCUUAUAUUCUAAAAACCAUGUUGGAGGCGGACAGCGGAGCAGAUGUGAUCAAUGGCAUGGGUCUGUUCCCCAAGGAGAGGAAAAUGUACGAGGUGCACAUCCCGCAGUUCGUGAAGCUCUACAAGGAGGCGGGCCUGGAAAUUGAGUUGGCACCCAAGUGCCUUCACGUCGAGGCCACCGCGGAAUUGAUUACCCUGGUCUUCGAGGACCUGAGCCGGCAGCAUUUCAAAAAUUGCGAUCGUCUAAAGGGAUUUGACCUGCCGCACAUGCGCCAAGUGCUCCGGAAAUUGGCCGAGCUGCACGCCGCCUCUGUGGUGGCCAAAGAGUUAAAUGGACCCUAUGAUCCCCUGUUCUUCAUAUCCAUGUACAACGAGCAGAGUCGAGAUCUCUUUGAGGCUCUGGGAGAGAUGCGACAGGCAGCCUUCCUCAAGGCGAUGCGGCAGUGGGACCUCGAGGAUGUCGAAAAAUACAUUGCCCAAAUGUGGAGCCCCCUGGAAGUGUUCGAAGAAGCCAUGCAAAUCAACAAGGUCGAUGAGAACGAAUUUAAUGUGCUGAACCACGGCGACUGCUGGUCCAACAAUAUCAUGUUUAAUUACAAGGACAACGGUGAGAUCGACAGAACCAUUUUCGUGGACCUGCAGAUAGGCAAGUGGGGCAGUCCUGCCCAGGACCUCUGGUACCUGAUCACAACCUCUGCCUCGCUGGAUAUCAAGAUCAAGGAGUUCGAUCACUUUAUUCAGAUCUAUCACGAGCGUUUGUCGGAAUGCCUUAAACUCCUGAACUACUCCAAGCCGAUUCCCACUCUCAGGGAUCUGCACAUUAUGAUGCUGAAGUACGGAUUCUGGGGACCCCUGACGGCCAUGGGUGUGAUGGUGGCGACACUUUUUCCCACUGACAAGGACGCUAACAUGAAGAUGCUGAUGGCCCCAGGACCCGAGGCCGAUGCCAUGCGUUACAAGACCUUUAUCAAUCCCUACUAUGCCAAAGCCAUGAAGGUGCUUUUGCCGUUCUUCGAGAACAAGGGACUUUUGAAGUCGGCUUAGGUUUAAGUACACCAUUGUACAUGUUUUGUGAUAUCGUAUAUCAUAAGAGGCACCAAUAAAUAGCAAAUUUUAUUUAAUUUAAAA